AGACCGCGUCACUCCGGUCACUCGUCACUCGCGAGAGUAUCUGAAGGUUUCUUUUCUAUCGCGAUGCACGCGUUCCAUUGAUACGAUUGGAAAAACGAGAGGAUGGAGGGUGAAUUAAGAAUUGUGGUGAAAUGGAGCGGAAAGGAAUACGAUAUCCUCGAUAUUCAAGUGGAAGACACGGUUCUUACUCUAAAAGAGCGUAUACACAAGGAAACGGGUGUUCGUCCGGAGCGACAGAAGCUGCUGAAUCUAAAGUUUAAAGGCAAGGCAGCGCAAGAUGAGGACAUAAUCGGCAAAUUAAAUCUGAAGCCUGGUUUCAAACUGAUGUUAAUGGGCUCGCGCGAGGAGGAUAUCGCUGAGGUCAGUCAAGCACCCGAGAACGUACCUGAUGUGAUCAACGAUCUCGACAUAGAGGAGGAGGAGGUAGAAAUCGAGAAGGCUGAGAUAAAUCUACGUAAAAUUCAGAUACGAAUCGACCGCUACGUGAUCACAGAGCUGAAUCCUCUAAGGGAGGGUAAGAAGCUCCUUGUGCUGGACAUAGAUUACACUUUGUUCGAUCACAGAUCAGUGGCAGAGAGCGGCUCGCAGCUGAUGCGUCCGUAUCUUCAUGAAUUUUUGACGCGCGCUUAUAAAAAUUACGACAUAGUCAUCUGGUCGGCGACUAGCAUGAGAUGGAUCAACGAGAAGAUGAAGCUGCUGGGAGUUUCGAAUCAUCCGAACUACAAAAUAGCCUUUCACCUGGACGUCCUCGCUAUGAUCACCGUUCACACACCGAAAUACGGCGUUGUCGGGGUAAAACCGCUUGGCAUUAUCUGGGGAAAGUACAAGCAGUUCUCCGCGAAGAAUACAAUAAUGUUCGACGACAUCAGACGAAAUUUUAUAAUGAAUCCGCAAUCGGGAUUGAGGAUAAAACCCUUCAAACACGCUCACACCAGCAGAGUCAAAGAUUUCGAGCUGCUGAAGCUGUCGAGAUAUCUGGAUAUGAUAGCUGACGUCGAUGACUUUCAAACACUUAACCAUAGAAAAUGGGAGGAGUACAAGCCGAAAAAGAGCGGCCAAAGCAAUGAACAGACUAGUAGCAGUGAGAAAAGUUAAAUUUUAACGAAAUUGUUUCUUCUUGCCAAUUCGACGAAGGUAGUCGAUCGAUUGAAGGGGAAUGAUAUUGAUUGACGGGAGGCAUACAGAGUGACUUCAAGAUUUUUAUAUGAUAAAAUGAAAUGCAUGAAGGGCAUGCAUUUGUCAGUUAUUUUAAAAUCAUGACUGAGAAAAACAAGGCUGUUCUACAUACGUUGGAUAGGAAUAACGAGAUUAACUUAGCGUCAGUUUCCUUCGCACUGCAUGAAAAUUUGUAAUGCGUGUGAUAUUGACUUUUCUGAAGACAUACAAUAUUUUCACAUGUUUCUUAUUCUAUGUAAUUUGUGAUGUAUUUAUUGGUUGGUUGUGUAUACGUAUAUAAGAGCCUUUUAAAUAAAAUGCACGAGCGCAAUCAUGUAACGUAUUUGAGUAGAUCCACGUGCUGUGCAUCACGUUUAUAAAGUUUCCUAUAUGUAUUUUUUUUUGUUAUAUUUGCGUUUUGCAACACGCGGCACGAGAUGUCGGCAAAACUUUUAAUUUCAUAUGACAUGAAACGGUUUAAUUGUUCAUAUUUACAUUUACGUGGGCGCACUGCGUGGGUUUCGUGCAGCAUAUUUCAGCCAUUAAUAUAUAAUAAAUGCAUUAAAUUAUGCAGACUGCAAUAUCUAUCUAUAUACACUAAAUACGUUGACGAACUUUUAUUUAGGGAGUUAAUCAAUUGUUAAAUAAGAUACUGUUUCCAUUUUUCAUACCAAUUUAAAGUAUUACGGAAGAAUGUAAAAUAUGAGAAGUUCACAUAACGAUUUUAAUAAAGCUAAUUUUAU